UAGCUCCAGUUCAACUACUUCUCAAUGACGUCAUCGAUCGAGAAGCUUAUAUAGCUACAGCUAAACUAUCAAACCUCGUCAAAGGCAAUAACCAUCAUGAACCGUUCGCCAUAGUUGCAUUGAUCGAAAAUCCGCAUUUCCUUCCCAAUGACCGAUUAAACCCAGUUAUAUAUAUACAUAGCUUAUCAGGCUGAACGGGAAAAAUAUACACCCAGAACAAUAAUGCCCGAUUCGCUCGCAGCCUUCCGCGGCACGACCCGCCGGGAGCUUGCCGAUCUGGCGCGGGAACACUUGAAACAUAAUCUCCAGCAAUCGGACCGUGAUACACUGAAUUCCGCCGCGUCAAAGCUUGCCACGCACACUACCCUUGGGUCGAUCAUCGGUAUCGGCCUGGGAAUGUACCUUGGGCUACGCGUCCGGCGAGUGAGGAUGGAUAUGUUUACUGCAUUCCGGGUUGCAGAGAAGCCCACGCAUGUGCAGUUUGCAAACGGCCGGCUAGAGCCGGUUCCUGAUCUGAGCCCUAUGCUCCGACCCACAACGCUGGGUGACAUGGCGAUGUUCGCAUUGUUUUCUGCUGGGGGCUUGUUUGUGGGUGGUGAAUCGGGGCUUAUCACUGGCGUUUAUUCCGCCCGGAAGACAAUAGGGAAGGACCCUGAGUCAAAGGAGAGGAUCCAGCGAGCGUUUGCGAAACUGAGGGCAGAUAUUCUUCGGCGGCAGGCGGAUAGGCUUGACGGCGACCAGUCAGUGACCGAGAAGGUGUCGGAGUUAUUCUAGCAAGUAUGAUGGUGCUCUUGGGUGCUUUGGGCUACUCGAGUCUUGCUCAAAUUUCGCAUGUAAUGAUUUUUCUUGUCGCGAUUCAAUCAAAUAGGCAGUAGUAAACUUCUUAUCCACGCACGUGGCUUCAUCAGCCCUAACAAAUGGAUCUGAUUAUCUCAUCCUUCAUUUUAAUUACCAACCAUCUAUAUAAAUACUUCUUCAAUCGUUAUAAAACUAAUAUAUUUAGAUUCUUUAUCUCUCUAGCUUUAUUUUAUGAUAUCACAGAAACUUCACU